AGUACUGUCUAUACCGUUUCCCAAUUCACGCUCGAAAUCGAGAAUGGAAAGGCAAGCGUAGGAGAGGCCGCACAAGAAUCAUAGCUGGAGGAGCACGGAGAGAUGGUCAUGGCAAGCUUCUGGCGAGCGGUGUUGGGGUCGUCGACGGAACCGGAUUGCUCAGCCGAUGGCGUGGAGUUCUGGUCGAAUCCGGAGCGCGUUGGGUGGCUCACGAAGCAGGGCGAGUACAUAAAGACUUGGCGCCGGCGCUGGUUCGUCUUGAAACAGGGGAAGCUUUUCUGGUUCAAAGAUUCCUGCGUAACUCCCUCUUCAGUUCCCCGCGGCAUCAUCCCGGUUUCCUCGUGCCUCACCGUAAAGGGCGCCGAUGAUGUCCUCAAUCGGCUGUUUGCCUUUGAGCUCUCAACCCCUCGAGAGACCAUGUACUUCAUCGCUGACUCAGAUAAGGAGAAGGAGGAGUGGAUCAAUUCCAUCGGCCGCUCCAUUGUUCAACACUCGCGCUCAAUCACUGACCAGGAAAUUGUCGACUAUGAUAGCGCUUCAGCAGCAUCCCAAAUGCGGUAAAUAUGAUUGGAUUCACGAGUCAUUAUCUAUGUUUCUUUGUUUGGUGAACAUCCACUCCGAUUAUUUGUUUGUAUAUAUUGGGUUCCUUUUAAUCCUCGUCUUGUUAUUUCGAUUGUUCUCCCAGUUGCAACUCGUUUUGAUGCCGUACUAUGUGUAUGUCUAAACAUUUGUUUUCUCCCUCUUUGCUCUUAUUUUAAAGGACUCUUUUUGAUUGUGCA